AUGUUUACUGCAAGAGUUUUUUAUGGUCAAUCGCUAAUCUCCGCCACCUUCGAGCUUCCCGGUUCUGAAACCUGCAGCAUUAUUCAUAUUACUUCAAGAUCUAAUGUCGGUAUUCCAGGAAUGUUUGUGUUUGAUCUGGACGGAAUACACCCAGUUUUUGUCUCAGGAUGUGAAGAGGGCGAUGUUCGUCUAGUUGACAACAACAUGAACACCAAUGCCAGUGGUAGAGUGGAGAUGUGUCUGGGUAAUGAGUGGAGGGUAGUGGGAGAUGAGACCUGGGGAGUGGAGGAGGCUACUGUCGUCUGCAGACAGUUGGGACUACCAACUGAUGGUUAA